AUGAGGCCCUCGAUACUAUGGCCAAUUGUGUUGGCCAUCUUCGGCUGGUGUGCCGCCGAAGAGGACCCAUGCGCGAAAGCGCCGACCGAAGCCGCAAAAAUUAUGUGCCGACAACUUCAUCGAUGGGACGAUGGGGCGAGGGCGGCUUCGAAAAAAAAGAAAAUCGCCCUUCCGCCGGGUCUCGCCAAAGGAAUGGCGGCCGAAUUGGCGCCGAUCGCCUCCAAUAUUUAUCAGUGCAUGGAUUUGCCGUGCCUUUGCUCAUAUCUCAGAGGAACCGCUUCGAACGGCGGCUGCACUCUUCCGAACGGUCAGCCGCUUCGGAAGGCCAUCCGAAAAGAGUACCGAUUGAUGACUGAUGAUGAGAGGCAGCGUCUUCACAACGCUUUCAGAACGUUGAAGAAUAACGGCGAGUACGAUCGACUCGGUCGAAUCCAUUCGCAGAUGAGCGCUGCUGGCGGCGCCCAUUCGGGUCCCGCAUUCCUUCCAUGGCACAGAGAGUUCAUCAAAAGGGUGGAAUUCGCUUUGCGACAAGUCGACCCAUCGAUUUAUCUUCCUUAUUGGGACUCAACACUUGAAAGCAGCCUUCCAAGGCCAGCCGACUCGAUACUUUUCAGUGAAUACCUUGCGGGUAGCGCGAAUGCUCAAGGAAUGGUCUCGUCGGGACCAUUUAAUUCGUGGAGGACCUUGGCGGGACGUCCCAAUAUUCAACGAGCGGUCGGAGCACAAGGCUCCGGCUUCACACAGGCCGACAUUGAUUUCGUGAUGCGACAGACGCAAAUCGAUCAGGUGCUCUCAUUCACCGCGCCGCGACAAGGAUGCCCGUUCCGAACCGACUUCAACUGUUUGGAGUACACGCACGGAAAUGUGCACAUUUUUGUCGGCGGCGACAUGUUCGACACGGCCACCUCGUCGAACGAUCCCGUCUUCUUUUUCCAUCACUCGUUCGUCGACUUCAUUUGGGAGAUGUGGCGACAGGCGAGACAAUCGAGAGCCGAACGCGAGAUCGCGUUUCCGCCUGACAAUCAGUUGUGCUCGUCGCCGCAGCAUUUCGGCGCCGCCGCGAUGCAACCAUUCACUCCAAUGAGAAACAUUGAUGGAUUGUCGAAUCUCUUCACGGAUAAUUUGUAUGAAUACGCCCCACGGCCAACAUGUCGUAAUGGCGAUUGUGGAUCCAAAUAUUUGUUCUGCGAUCUGGUUGCCAAUCGAUGCGUAUCGCGAAUUCGACCAGGAGCCAGCUGCACUCAGUUCCGUGUGAAUCCAUGCUUUUCGGGAGUCUGCCAAAAUGGCGUCUGUGUUCUUUCGCGAACCGCUCCGCCAACACCGCCUCCGGCAACGGCGGCGCCGAAUCCGACACCGGUGCAAACUCAAGAAUCGUGCUUCAACGAGAAUCAGUGUUGUGCGACAUGGGCGGCGCGCGGCGAGUGCACUCGCAAUUCGGCGUAUAUGAGCGAAUGGUGCAAAGCGAGCUGCGGAUUGUGCAAACCGAAAUAUCGUCUCACCGAUGAUUGUUCCGAUCGUCAUUCAAACUGCGCGGCAUGGUCGAGAGCUGGCGAAUGCACAAAGAACACGUUGUGGAUGAGCGAGAACUGCAGAAGGAGCUGCAGCAAGUGCGGCAGGACUCGAGCACAAGAGUGCGGCGGUGGAAGCACCAGAGUUACCACCACAGUGGCCCCAGCGGAUCAAUGCGACAACUCCGACGGAUGCUUCAACGAGAAUGUGUGCUGCUCGGUGUGGGGACUCAUGGGCCAAUGCCGAGCGAAUCCGUUCUACAUGGCCUGCAAUUGUCGCGUUUCAUGCGGCCAUUGCUAUCCGAACGAUUACAAUUAUGGAUCAUGCGUCGACUAUCACAACUCGUGCGCUGGAUGGGCGCGUGCCGGCGAAUGUCAAAAGAAUCCAUGGAUGGCGGAGAAUUGCCGAGCCAGCUGCAAUAGUUGCUAUUCGCAGAGUGAGCUUCGCCGAAUGUGCGGCAAUCGCGCCGGCGCUGUCGCCCCCGUGGCGCAAGCCCGAGCCCAGAACACACGUCCGCCGCCACCUCGCGGCGGUUGGGGCAACGAUGACGGCGGUUUUAAUGGUGGCGGAGGCUGGGGUGACGGCGGCGGCGGCUGGGGUCGUGGCGGUUGGGGUCGUGGCGGCUGGGGCGGCGGUGAAUUCGGUGGCGGAUGGGGCGGAGGCGAUUGGGGAGGCGGUUGGGGAAAGAAGCGAUCGACAUGA